AUGAGAAUUGGUAAGAUCAGAUAUUCUACACUACCAAUGGAAUAUCCACCAACUUCUUUAGAAGGAAUUGCUAUAGUAUAUAAUAUUGAAACUUGGGAAAGUUAUGAAUCAGCUUUUAAUAAUAUGCAAUAUUCUCAAGAUGUCCCUCUGGAG